AUGUCCGAAAAUCAACAAAAUACCACCAAAGACUUGGAGCUCAACAAACUCGAAAAUGGACCUAAUCAUACCACUCGUACAAAUUUGACACCGGUGGAAGCUCCUUAUAGCAUGAAAGGACUCUUAAGUCUACCUAAGCGCUUGUUCUUUCCUCCUCCAUUACCUAGUGUUCCAUCUUGUGAUGGGACGUCAUUUGAGACGGGAGGGAAAAGCAAGAUUAGUAGCACGAGUUCAAUUAUUGGUAUACCUAUUCCACGUUGGAUAACAAGUUCUCCAGUAUAUCUUGUCGAAUUGUCUGAUGUACUGGAAGAUGUUCACUUUUCACCACUUUCAGCUCGAGACUUUGAAGAUUUUUUAGUUUAUGAUGAAUAUACACCUGAGAAUUUAUACUUUUAUCAUUGGUUAAAAAAUUAUAAAGCUUUAUUUAUCAAAGAAACAAAAACUUUAAAAGCAGAGAAUAUAACACUUGAUUCAAUUCCAACGAUACUUCAUCUACAAUUCCAAUUUGGAUUACAAAACUUCUUUUCUGGUGGACCAUAUGAGCUUAAUAUUCCAUGCUCAGUAAGGCAAACUUUAUUUAUAGAGGCAGAAAGCUCUAUCGAUCCAUCAAUCUUUAAUGCAGUUAAUGCUGAGGUCAUGACCAUGCUCGAAGUUAGUAAGAAGCAUUGGCUAUCUAAGCAAUGCGGCAACGCUGGUCAUAACCGUAGAUUAUUUGGUAUCGUCUUAGGACUUUUCAUCAUCGCAAUUUCAUUCGUAGUGGAAUUCAUACUAUUCUUCUUUAGUCAUUCAAGAAUCGCAAGAAUCGGUCCAGGAUUUCUUUUAUGGUUCGGUGUGAUGUUAGAAUUACAAUGUUCAAGAAAUACUUGUCCGAUCAUUUAUGCCUUUGGUAAUUUACGUCAAUUAAAUCCAUGGGAAAUCUUGAGAAAUAAGAAUAAAACUUCUUCAAUUGAUAAGACUGAUUCAAGUUUAGGUUCAGGUUCAAUCAAUUUAUCGGAAUUUCAAUCAAAUCAUUGGAUUCCUGCUCAAAAGAUUCAUCAAAUCACUCCAAUCUUUAGUCCAGUCACAAGAAUUGAAAGUCCAUUGAUGACUAGAAUCUUACGUUAUAAUGUGAUUAGUGGCGCUUGGUGGGCUAUCUUACCUGCAAUUGUUUGGAUUGCAUUUUGGGUACCACUUCCAACUAAAUCUAAAUAA